UAUGUAUAUAUAGAGAGACUAGGUCUCUCUGUUUCUGCUUCAUACAAACUCGUCAAACGCAGCAUUUAAACCCUUCUGCGACAUUUGUCGAUUCCUCUUUCCUUCAAUUCUGUUUCUUUGGCUUGAUCUUCCUCCAUUUGAAUCCAAUCAUACUUCACUUCUUCUACUUCCAACUUUUCCUCUUCCCUCGCCAUUUUCUCGUUCUGUUUCCGAAUCUGAUGCUUUCUUGAGCUGAAUCGGAAAAUGAGGGGACCGUCUCCGAACUUCGUGGAGCCGCGCCACCGCUCCUCCGCCUCCUUUAGUGAAGAUACUGGCAAGAGAAGGUCUCAAAGAAAUAAAGAUUUCAAAGAUGUUGAGAAGUUGUUGCAUACUCCGUUCCAAGAGAAGAGUAUAACAUGCAGGCCAAAUUGGAAAUUAGUUUUGGUUGUUGUUAUAUUGGGAACCUUGGUUACCAUUUUCCAUCCUCCAGCUGUUUACAAUACCGAUCAUUUGUCAAACUCUAUCAGGUCGCGGCCAACUUUUAUAAACGGCUGGAGAGGAGGAUUUGGUGGCAUUGAUUCACGUUAUGCAUCAUUUCUCAAUAUUGAGUGGGACCAAAUAUCUAAUGUUCUUGAAAAUUUGAAGGAUAAGGACACAUAUCAGGGUGUUGGCUUAUUAAACUUCAAUGACAGUGAGAAUGACCACUGGAAGGAGCUGAUACCAGAAGCAGAGCAUGUAAUCCUUAGUCUGGACUAUGUUUCAAGUAAUAUUACUUGGGAAGUUCUGUAUCCUGAAUGGAUAGAUGAAGAAGAAGAAUAUGAGUUCCCUACUUGUCCAGCUCUACCUAGGAUUCAGGUACCAGGAAAGCCCCGGCUUGAUCUUAUUGCUGUCAAGCUUCCCUGCCACAAGUCAGGACGCUGGUCUAGAGAUGUAGCUCGUUUGCACUUGCAAAUUGAAGCUGCAAGACUUGCUGCCUCUUCCAAAGGAUAUCAUCCAGUCCGUGUGCUUUUGGUCACGGAUUGCUUACCGAUUCCAAAUCUAUUUACUUGCAAGGACCUUAUACAGCAUGAAGGGAGUGCCUGGCUUUAUGAACCCAACCUGAAUAGACUGAGGGAUAAGCUGCAGCUACCAAUUGGUUCAUGUGAACUAGCAGUUCCUAUGAAGGCUAAAGAAAAUUUUUAUUCAGAAAGGCCACAACGAGAAGCUUAUGCAACCAUCCUGCACUCUGCACACUUGUAUGUUUGUGGAGCUAUUACUGCUGCUCAGAGUAUUCGAAUGGCUGGUUCAACACGAGAUCUUGUGAUUCUUGUUGACGACACGAUUACUGAUUAUCAUAGAGGUGGCUUGGAGGCUGCCGGAUGGAAGAUUCAUACAAUCCAAAGAAUCAGGAAUCCAAAAGCAGAACCAGAGGCAUACAACGAAUGGAACUACAGCAAAUUCCGCCUCUGGCAGCUAACAGAUUAUGAUAAAAUCAUUUUCAUUGAUGCUGACCUUCUGAUUCUUAGAAAUAUCGAUUUCCUUUUUGAGAUGCCUGAAAUAACUGCCAUAGGAAACAAUGCUACGCUGUUCAACUCAGGUGUAAUGGUGGUUGAACCAUCGAAUUGUACAUUCCAACUGCUUAUGGAUCACAUCAAUGAGAUUGUCUCGUACAAUGGAGGGGACCAAGGGUAUCUUAACGAAAUCUUCACAUGGUGGCACCGGAUUCCAAAACAUAUGAACUUCUUGAAGCACUUCUGGGAAGGUGAUGAGGAAGAGAAAAAAGUGAUGAAAACCCGUCUCUUCGGAGCCGAUCCACCAAUCCUUUAUGUCAUCCAUUAUCUGGGUUAUAAACCAUGGCUUUGCUUUCGAGACUAUGACUGCAACUGGAAUGUGGACAUUCUGCAGGAGUUUGCAAGUGAUGUGGCUCAUGCAAGAUGGUGGAAGGUGCAUGAUGCCAUGCCAGAAAACUUGCGUAAGUACUGUUUGCUUAGGUCCAAGCAGAAGGCUUCAUUAGAGUGGGAUCGAAGACAAGCAGAAAAGGGAAACUACAGUGAUGGUCACUGGAAAAUCAAGAUAGAAGAUCUAAGAUUGAAAACGUGCUUUGAGGAUUUCUGUUUUUGGGAGAGCAUGUUAUGGCAUUGGGGUGAAAAGAAUUGGACAGAUAAUUCUACUGCUAACAAUUCGCCACCUGUUGUCCAAACCAAAUCUCUCUCGUCUUUAUGAAUGUACUUUUCCUCGUAGUUCAUACCUCCAUAUAUUUACUGUAGAUUCUACAUGUUUGCAAAAUCUGUUUCUCCCAUUACCUCGUCUAGAAGCAAGUGAUGGCAUAAUGCUAUUUUUGGUCCCAGAGUAUGGUUUAUAGGUCAAAGGAUUAUACGUUGAAAGCGCAUCCUAGUUACUCUUAUAUUCAAAGUAAAUGACUUUAGUAUUUCAUUAAA